CCAGCAGGCGAAAAGCCAGGGCACUGAUAUGCCCAAGGCAAACCGUGUGGCUCGGCAGCCAAGGUGCACCGUGACCCGGCUGACCAGGGCGUGCAAUCGUGCCUUCCAGGCCGCCAAGGGGAAAGUCGCCAGUGAUGGCGGCUCCGCCGUUGGGCUGGGUUUCUCGGGUUCUCUGUGUGCCACAGCCAUGGCGAGGAUCAUCUGCGCCAUGGCUGAGGCAGCUGGGUUCGGAAUGGAAUCCAUAUUUGUGGAUGUGGGCUGCGGCCUCGGAAGGCCGCUUGUCGCCGUGAGCAUCCUGGCAGGCGCCUGGCGCUGCGUUGGUCUUGACAUGGACGUCAACAAGCUGAGGAAUGCCGACGUCUUCAUUAGGCAUUGCGCUGCCAGGGUUCCACGGCGGCUGCGGCCGGAGAGCUUGUCUUUGGUCUUGGGCUCUGUGGGGCAGGUGGGCAUUCUCCCACUCGGCCCAGAAUAUUUUUACUUGUUCUGGGAAGGCUGGUCGGUUGCCGACAAGAUGGCCCUGGCAGCACUCUUCAUGCGUCACGGCAGCCGGAAGGUAUGUAAAAUAUUAUGUUGA